GCACAACACCUUGACCUGACUGCCUCAAAAACUUCAUUUUACACCUCAACAACCAUGGGUGCUCAACCAUCUUCGCCAAAGCCAGAUACCACUAUACAGGUCAUCGGCGCGGGUCUCCCUCGCACAGGAACAGCAUCCUUCAGUCUUGCUCUGAACAUCCUCCUAGAUGCUCCUGUGUACCAUGGUGGCACACAAGCAACCCUCGGCCCUCCAUCGCACAUCCAAGCCUGGAUAGAUUUACUCUCGCGCUGGCCCCCACACUCACCAUCAGACACUCGCACCAUUCAAACGCACCUCCAAAACCGCUUGGACGGCUACGCAGCAGUAACAGACUCCCCAUGCAACGGCCUUAUCCCAGAACUGCUCACCCUAUUCCCCAACGCAAUGGUGAUAUGCACCACCCGCGACCCAGAUGCAUGGGUAAAGAGCAUGGCAACAGUCAGCAAUGCCGCGACACUCUGGUUCCUGCGCUUUGUGCUCUUCUGGCUACCGGGUAUGCGGCACUUUCCCGCUUAUAUCGACGUAUUGCGCAAGCAGUGGAUUGUACUGUACGGUCAGCCUGAGCCGGCCACCCGAGAGCACUGGGAUAGGCAUAUGGCGUAUCUUAAGCGCACUGUGCCGGAAGACAGGUUGGUGUUCUUCGAUGUGAAGGACGGCUGGGAGCCAUUGUGCAAGGUGUUGGGGAGGGAUGUACCGGGUGUAGAGUUUCCGAGGAUCAAUGAUGGAAAGGCGAUCGAGGAGCUUACGAUGAAGUUUAUUGUGAAGGGGUUGGUGAGGUGGGGGGCCGUACUGUUGACAGCUGGAGUGGGAGUGGCGAGUGUUGUGUACGCGAGGACCUAGGCAGGAAGAGUGGAAUCCAAGGAAAGAAACUGCUGCAAAACGCGUUGGUUCCUGCCAGAAUGCUAUACCUACGUCGAUCAGAUGUCUAAGUCUUACUGAUGUGCUCCAAACUAUCUAGCACUAUUGUAAUUCAGAGCUUGCACCCGCCUUCUUUGCAUUCUGUGAAUGGGAGCGGAUAAGCAACGCCUUCGGAUAUGACCA